AUGACUUCUAUUUAUGAUGUUACUACCAAUAGAGUAUCGAAUACCGAGAAUAUGUCUGAUACUAUACAUCGACCGAGUCCUACUAAAAGUUUAAAAACUCACUCUAGUUUUGGCGAGAGGUGUAACAAUAUGCAAAAAGCCAAGGCGAGAAGGUUAUGGGAAUAUUGCAACGGCACUGGCCAUUAUCGAGUUGUCGACAGAGAAAAACGCCGUGAUCAGAAUAUUAGACGUCCUUUGCAGCAAAAUCCAAAUGCUACAAUAUUCGACCCAAUCAAAGAGGCCUCUAAUCUUCUUCAAGCACCGGAGGUUGCGAUCGAUCUAUAUGACAUACAACAAACAAUUUUUGACGCCAUGGGCUCGAAUUGA